AUGUCUAAUACUUCCUCCUACUUACCGCGAGAGGAAUUCUCAACUACUAACAUUUACAACUACGAUGAAUCUCCUGCCAAUAAAUCCUGGGCUUGUGCAUUGCCAGUUGCCCAAGGGUUGUAUAACCCAGAAUUGGAAAAAGACGCUUGUGGGGUUGGGUUCUCUUGUCAUUUAAAGGGGAUCCCCUCUCACAAGAUUGUUUCUGACGCUAGAAACUUAUUAUGUAAUAUGACUCAUCGUGGUGGGGAAUUGAACCCCAAGGAUGGUGACGGUGCCGGUUUAUUAACUUCCAUUCCUCAUAAGUUCUUUAAACGUGAAUUCAAAUACUAUUGCAAUGUUGAUUUGCCUGCUCCUGGUCAGUAUGGUACUGGUAACUUGUUUUUCAAGCGAGAUGAAGCCGUGUUUGAAAAAUCAAAGGCUACUUUUGAAAGUAUUGCCGAGUCUUUAGGAUUGAAGGUGUUGGGCUGGAGAGAAGUUCCUCACGAUUCAACUAUUUUGGGUCCGGCCUCGUUAUCUCGUGAGCCUUUUAUUUUACAACCAGCUAUUGUGUUGCAAGAAUUACUUGGCCAAGGUUCAAUUGAUGAAGCUGAAUUCAAGAGCAAGUAUUCUCGUCAAUUUGAAAAGAAGUUGUUUAUCUUGAGAAAACAAUCUUCUCACACCAUUGGUUUGCACAAUUGGUUCUAUAUUUGUUCCCUUUCCAACAAAACUAUUGUUUAUAAAGGUCAAUUGGCUCCAAAUCAAGUUUACAAUUAUUACCAUGAUUUGGCCAAUUCUGAAUUUGAAGCCCAUUUUGCUCUUGUCCAUUCGAGAUUUUCAACCAAUACCUUCCCCUCCUGGGAUAGAGCACAACCUUUGAGAUUAGCUGCUCAUAAUGGUGAAAUUAACACUUUAAGAGGUAACAAGAAUUGGAUGAGAUCUAAAGAAGGGGUCAUGGCUUCUCAAUUAUUUGGUGAUGAAAUGGAUAAAUUGUUUCCUAUUAUUGAAGAAGGAGGUUCUGAUUCUGCUGCUUUUGACAAUGUUUUGGAAUUGUUGGUUAUCAAUGGUAUCGUUUCCUUACCGGAAGCAGUCAUGAUGAUGAUUCCUGAAGCUUGGCAAAAUGAUCAAAACAUCGAUCCUAAGAAGAAGGCAUUUUAUGAAUGGGCUGCUUGUUUAAUGGAACCUUGGGAUGGUCCUGCAUUGUUCACAUUUGCUGAUGACCGUUAUUGCGGGGCUAAUUUGGAUCGUAACGGGUUAAGGCCUUGUCGUUAUUAUGUUACUGAUGAUGAUUUUAUUAUUUGUGCUUCUGAAGUUGGGGUCAUUGAAAUUGAACCGGAAAGAGUCUUGCAAAAGGGAAGAUUACAACCGGGUAGAAUGUUGUUGGUUGAUACCGUUGAAGGUAGAAUUGUCGAUGAUCGAGAAUUAAAGAGCAAAGUUGCUUCAAGAUAUGACUUCAAGUCUUGGAUAAUGGCAAAUAUGAUUAGUUUGCAAGAUUUAAACUCCAAAUUGGAAAAUCGUGGUAUUAAUAUUACUGCUGAUGACAUUGACACUUCGAUAAAACUUGAUUCGGAUCCAAGAUUAAUUGCAUCGGGCUAUUCCCACGAACAGCUUUCAUUUGUAUUGGCUCCAAUGGCUGAAGGUAAUGAAGCCUUGGGUUCCAUGGGUAAUGAUAAUGCUCUUGCUUGUCUUACUGACCAACCAAAGUUAUUGUAUGAGUAUUUCAGACAAUUGUUUGCCCAAGUCACCAACCCACCGAUUGAUCCAAUCAGAGAAGCAAUUGUUAUGUCCUUGGAAUGUUAUGUUGGUCCUCAAGGUAACUUGUUAGAAAUGAAGCCAGACCAAUGUAAUAGAUUAUUAUUGAAAUCACCAAUUUUAGACAAUUCAGAAUUAUUAGCCAUUCAGAAUAUUGAACAUGUUUAUCCUAAAUGGUCGGUGGCCAAUAUUGAUAUCACUUUUGAUAAACAGGCUGGUAUUCCUGGUUAUAUCUCCACCAUUGAUCGUAUUUGUCAAGAAGCAUCUAAGGCCAUUGCUGAUGACAAUAAGAUUAUCAUAUUAAGUGAUGUUAAAACUGGUCCUUCAAGAGUUCCAAUUUCAGCAUUGAUUGCUGUUGGUGCUGUUCAUCAUCAUUUGGUUAGACAGAAACAAAGAUCUAAAGUUGCAUUGAUUAUUCAAACCCAAGAAGCUAAAGAAGUUCAUCAUGCUUGUUGUUUAGUUGGUUAUGGUGCUGAUGCCAUUAAUCCAUACUUGGCCAUGGAAACUUUGGUUAGAAUGAAUGAUCAAGGGUUGUUGAAAAUUAAGAAAUCCCCACAAGAAAUCAUCAAAGGUUACAAGAGUGCCAUUGAUGCAGGUAUCUUAAAGGUUAUGUCCAAGAUGGGUAUUUCAACCUUGGCCAGUUACAAAGGGGCCCAAAUUUUCGAAGCUCUUGGAAUUGAUAAUUCAGUUAUCGAUCGUUGCUUUGCUGGUACUGCAUCAAGAAUUAAGGGUGUUACAUUUGAAUACAUUGCUCAAGAUGCAUUUACUUUACACGAACGAGGAUAUCCAACCAGAGAGACGACCAAACCUCAGGGUCUUCCUGAAACUGGGGAAUACCAUUGGCGUGACGGAGGAGAACGCCAUAUCAACGAUCCAGCAGCAAUUGCUUCAUUACAAGAUGCUGUUAGAAACAAAAACGAACGUGCUUAUGAGACUUAUGCCAAGAAAGAAAACGAAGCUGUUAGAAACUGUACUCUUCGUGGGUUGUUAGAUUUUGAUUAUGAAUCUGGAAACAGUGUUCCUAUUGAUCAAGUUGAACCAUGGACGGAAAUUGUUAGAAGAUUCUUCACUGGUGCCAUGUCUUAUGGUUCUAUUUCCAUGGAAGCUCAUUCUACCAUUGCUGUGGCUAUGAAUAGAUUGGGUGGUAAAUCAAAUACUGGUGAAGGUGGUGAAGAUGCCGCUCGUUCUCAAGUCAAUGCUAAUGGUGAUACCAUGAGAUCAGCAAUUAAACAAGUUGCCUCGGGUAGAUUUGGGGUCACUUCAUAUUAUUUGGCUGAUGCUGAUGAAUUACAAAUUAAAAUGGCGCAAGGUGCUAAGCCUGGUGAAGGUGGGGAAUUACCUGGUCACAAGGUUUCUGCUGAAAUUGGUAAGACAAGACAUUCUACUCCAGGUGUCGGGUUGAUUUCUCCUCCACCACAUCAUGAUAUCUAUUCCAUUGAAGAUUUGAAGCAAUUGUUGUAUGAUUUGAAAUGUGCCAACCCAAGAGCAAGAACUUCAGUUAAGUUGGUUAGUGAAGUCGGUGUUGGUAUCGUUGCUGCCGGUGUUGCCAAGGCUGGAUCUGAAAAUAUUUUGGUUUCUGGUGGUGAUGGUGGUACUGGUGCUGCCAAGUUAACUUCUAUCAAGUAUGCUGGUUUACCAUGGGAAUUAGGGUUAGCUGAAUCCCAUCAAACUUUGGUAUUGAAUGAUUUAAGAGGAAGAGUUAUCUUGCAAACUGAUGGUCAAAUUAGAACUGGUAGAGAUAUCGCCAUUGCCUGUUUAUUGGGUGCUGAAGAAUGGGGUUUUGCUACUACUCCAUUAAUUGCCAUGGGUUGUAUCUAUAUGAGAAAAUGUCAUUUGAAUACUUGUCCAGUUGGUAUUGCUACUCAAGAUCCUAUUUUACGUAAGAAGUUCCCAGGUACUCCAGAACAUGUCAUCAACUUCUUCUACUAUUUGGCUCAAGAUUUAAGGCAAAUUAUGGCCAAGUUGGGAUUUAGAACUAUCAAUGAAAUGGUAGGUCGUGCUGAAAAGUUGAAGGUUAGAGACGAAUUACGUAAUAUCAAGAAUGCCAAUAUUGACUUGUCACCAAUUUUAACUCCAGCUCAUACUAUCCGUCCUGGUGUUGCCACUUAUUGUGUUAGAAAGCAAGAUCUCAAAUUGCAUGUUCGUAUGGAUAACAAGUUGAUUGAUGAAUCAGAAAUGACCUUAGCUAAGGGUUUGCCUGUUACAAUUGACUGUGAUAUUGUCAACACCGAUCGUACAUUGGGUACCACUUUAUCCUACCGUGUUUCCAAGACUUUUGGUGAACAAGGAUUACCUCAUGAUACUAUUCAUGUUAAUGUUACUGGUUCAGCUGGUCAAUCAUUUGGUGCAUUCUUGGCAUCAGGUAUCACAUUAGAAUUGGAAGGUGAUGCUAAUGAUUAUAUUGGUAAAGGUUUAUCUGGAGGUAGAAUUAUUGUUUAUCCACCCAAGGAUUCCAAAUUCAAAGCUGAAGAUCAAAUCAUUGCUGGUAAUACUGCGUUCUUCGGGGCCACUUCCGGUACUGCAUUCAUCAGAGGUAUUGCUGCUGAACGUUUUGCUGUUCGUAAUUCUGGUGCCAACAUCGUUGUCGAAGGUACUGGUGACCACGGGUGUGAAUAUAUGUCUGGUGGUAGAGUCAUUGUUUUGGGUGGUACUGGACGUAACUUUGGUGCUGGUAUGUGUGGUGGUAUUGCUUAUGUUUUAGACAUGGGUCAAGAUUUUGGUGAUCGUGUCAAUAGCAAGACUGUCGAGUUAUCUCCAGUUACUGAAACUGAAGAAAUUGCAUUCAUUAGAAGUUUGAUUGAAGACCAUCGUCAUUACACUGGUUCAGAAGUUGCUGACAAUAUCUUGAAUGAUUUCACGAGAUUUUUGCCAAGAUUUGUCAAGGUCUUGCCCCAUGAUUAUAAGAAGGUUUUGGAGAAGGAAAAGUUAAAGGCCGAAGAAGCCAAGAAGCAAGAAUUGAACAAGUUUUUGAAAUCAAUCAAAGAAGACCCUACUGCCGAUGCUACUAAUGGUGAAGCUUCCAAGAUCAAGUUGGGUCGUGGCCAUACUCCACUCACCAGUAAAGCUGGCGGUGCUGAGCCAAAGGUUUUGGAUGUUGAAGACACUAUUUUCAAUACUGAUUUUGAAAAGAAGGCACCAGUCAAGUUAGACAAGCUUAGAGGGUUCAUGAAAUACAAGAGGAGAAAUGAACGUUACCGUGAUGCCAAAGACAGAACUAAAGAUUGGAAUGAAAUGACUUCCAGAUUAACCAAGGAAGAGUUGAAGUAUGAAACUGCCAGAUGUAUGGAUUGUGGUGUUCCAUUCUGUACUUCCGAUACUGGUUGUCCAAUCUCCAAUGUUAUCCCUAAAUGGAAUGAAUUGGUAUUCCAGGAUCGUUGGUUUGAUGCCUUGCAAAGAUUAUUAAUGACCAACAACUUCCCUGAGUUUACAGGUAGAAUUUGUCCUGCUCCUUGUAAUGGUGCUUGUGUCUUGGGUAUUUCUGAUGAUCCAGUCAAUAUCAAGUCAGUUGAAUGUGCCAUUAUUGACCAUGGGUUUGAGCAAGGAUGGAUUAAGCCUCAACCACCUGCGCAAAGAACCGGUAAGACUGUUGCCAUUAUCGGGUCUGGUCCAGCUGGAUUGGCAUGUGCUGAUCAGUUAAACAAGGCUGGUCAUACUGUUACUGUUUAUGAACGUAGUGAUAGACCUGGUGGGUUGUUAAUGUAUGGUAUUCCAAACAUGAAGUUAGACAAGGGUAUUGUCAAGAGAAGAACCGACUUGUUGGAAGCUGAAGGGGUUGAAUUUGUUUGUAACACUACUGUUGGUGAAGAUAUUACUGUUUCUGAGUUGAAGAGUAAACACGAUGCUGUUGUGUUUGCCGUUGGUUCUACAAUUCCAAGAGAUUUGAGAAUUCCAGGUAGAAGCUUGAAGAAUAUUGACUAUGCCAUGACCUUAUUGCAUUCCAACACCAAGGCAUUAUUGGAUAACAAUUUGGAAACCAUUAGAAAGACCAUUGAAGGUAAGAAAGUUAUUGUUAUUGGUGGUGGUGAUACUGGUAAUGAUUGUUUGGGUACCUCUACCAGACAUGGUGCCAAGUCAGUUACCAACUUUGAAUUAUUACCAAAUCCACCUAAUGAACGUCCAAAGGAUAAUCCAUGGCCACAAUGGCCAAGAAUCUUCAGAGUUGAUUAUGGUCAUACUGAAGUCAAGACUCAUUACGGCAAAGAUCCUCGUGAAUAUUCUAUCUUAUCUAAGGAAUUUAUUGAUGAUGGUGAAGGAAAUGUUAAAGGUAUCAAGACGGUCAGAGUUGAAUGGAAACGUUCCGAUUCUGGCGCUUGGCAAAUGGCUGAAGUUCCAGGAAGUGAUGAAAUCUUUGAAGCUGACAUUGUUUUGUUGUCCAUGGGUUUCCUUGGUCCAGAAGCUGAUAAUUUAGAAGUUGAAAAAACCAAGAGAGGUACUAUUACUACCGUGGAUGCCAAUGGGUACCAGGUUGCCAAAGAUGAUAAUGUCUUUGCUGCUGGUGAUUGUAGAAGAGGUCAAUCUUUGGUUGUUUGGGGUAUUCAAGAAGGUAGACAAUGUGCCCGUGAAGUUGAUUUGUAUUUAGAAGGCGCUACUAGAUUACCAGGUAAUGGUUCUGUUGAGCAAAGAGAUUAUAAGUUGUUGGAAGAGUUAGCUGAAAAGGUUUAG